AUGCCAAGGUCUUUGGCAAGUAAGUUAUGGCCGGUCAAGGUGGAGAUGGAGCCCUGUACGGGUCCCGCACCCCAGUGUCGGCAACUGUUGGCGGGCGUCUCGACCAGCUCCGGCACCUGCGAGGUGGCCGUGGAGACCGACAGCUGCCUGGCGCCAGUGGGCCCAGCCCACCACCCGGGUUGCGGCAUCGGAGGGCCCGUGGAGGGCGCCUUGGUCUGCCCCGUGGAGUCGUCUGUGGCAAGUGGCCAGGUUAGCUGCAGCGUGUGCGCGACGCUCCACACACAAGCGUGGGAGGCUGGCCUCAGCAUGUCUGGUGAGGUUCGGUGGGGCCCAGGUGUGAGCUGUGAGAUUGAAGAGGGGAUGGUGGAUGGCUAUCAAGUGUGGUUGAUGAAUGAUUGUGGUGAGCAGCUGGUCCUUCUUGGGAGUGUGGAGAAGAAGCGAGACUUGCGGCCUUCGACGGAAUGCUGCGACGAGUCCUGGUACUCUCUUUACUUGGUCCAGAUGAUGGCGCCGCCAGAGGCGGCAGCUCUGGCAAUCGUUCCUUUCAAAGGCUUACAGUUUUACUCCCCAUCCCUCCUGCCCAUCAUGCAUCGAACAAUCGCAACAACGACGACGACCACGACGACUACAACUACAACAACCCCUCCUGCCACGAGCGUAGUCGGGCUGGACGGAUGCAUCGGCAUAUCCGCCUCGGACGCCGGGCCGUUUACCGAGCCGGAGAACUUGGACGCUGUUGAGCAGGUCAUGCAAGUGUUUCUGGCAUUUGUUGCGGGCGCCGGGAUCCUUCCUGAGCACGUGAUGGAUGUUCGGGUGUCGAUUGGCGCCGGCUGCGGUAGGGCCCGCCGAAGGCGAUUGCAGGAGUUCCUUACAAUAAGCUACGUCAUCCUCCUGCCUCCGGAUCUCGCCGACCGCGAGGCUCUGGCGCAGACCGCUGCCACGCGCCUCUCUGAGCUCUCCUUGGAACAGGCCUCCGCUCUUCUGAACCAGGAGAUGCAGAACCACGCUGCGCUGGCGAACGUGACUGUGGUGAUCCUGUCUUGGGAGAACAACCUAGUCGGUGUGUCGGCAGCUCCCCCACCUCCCGGCAUGGAUCCUUUCCUGAUCGUGGCCAUCGUCCUGGCCUCCUUGUGCAUGCUGGUCCUGUGCAUGUUCCUGCUUUGCCGCCACUGUCGGAGAGGCAGCGCGGAGGCCGAGGCGGAUCCGGUGUCAGUGGUGCCAACCCAGGACAGCACGGCCAAGGAUGCUAUCGACCCUUUCGACGUGCAGGUCAUGUUUGCAGGGGGCGGAGACGUGGGUGAAGACCUGGAGUUCCAGAUGGGCACUGGCGAGCACGAGGUGAUGGCGGAGUUCGACGAAAGGGACCCGCCCUUGUUCGCUGCGGGGGCCAUGCCACAGUCUGAUGCCUGCAGAGAGGCGAAGCCCCUGCAGCUCGUGUCCUCCGGGCCUCCGCCCAGUUCCUCCUUCUUCGCCUCCUGCUGCGCCUGCGAGCCUGCUGGUCCUGCGAACAGCCAAAUGGCGUACUGUGAGUCCAUGAAGUGCGGCGAUCUCGCAUGA